UGAUAGGCUUAUUGGCACGCACACCACGCCGCAGUUCAGCGUGCAACAAGUCGGAUCCGUGCCGAGAUCGACUAGUCGAGCCUAUUCGGCCGGAGCGCAAGCAGGAAGUGACUUGCACAAAGGUGACGGCAUGACAGGAGCUGUUCAGGGUCUGAUCCGCAUCAAGCAGCACGGGGAGGAUGGAAAGUGCAAGUUCCAGCGCAAACGAAGGAACCAUCUCGGUCCAUAAUUUUUCCGAGAAGAUUCUGGAGCAGGUUGUUCACUUCCAUGUUAUGAAAAUGAAGGACGGAUUCUUCCUUUGGAUCGGGGCGAGCUCGGUUCUUUCUAACCUAGCUGUGGCCAUGUGUAGCAAAUAUGACUCUGUACCUUUGGCAACCUUAGUUUUUGGAGAUUCUUCUGACACCUCUCCAAGUUCCCUGGCACAAAGAUUAACCAAGAAGACAAAAAAGCAGGUCUUUGUCAGCUACAAUCUUCCCUCCACUGAGGCCAACCUCACAUUGCUCGUGGAAAACCGAGUAAAGAAAGAAAUGGAACUUUUUCCCGAUAAGUUCUAGACUUUUCAGAGUUCGCUUUUCAGAUAAAGGAAAGCUCUGUAUCUUUUUUCCUUGGUAUUUUUCAUGUUUUGUAAGAAAAUGUAAAGAAAAAUAAAAAAAAUCCCCCCUUUAAAUUAUUCUAUACAUGUUUACUAUGAGCAGUUCUUUCUCCUGAGUAUUAAUUCCAACAUUUAAAGCAGUAAACCUAUAAGAGUUUUCAAUGACUAUUUACUAGUGCCUUAUUUCUUAGUUUCUGUCACAAAAAUGAGAUUUAAAACGAGAUUAGGAAAUUUAGCUAUGACUUUCCCUUUCCCUCUCAUGCACAAAGUCUAUAUGACUCACAAAGGGUGCUGUUCUAUUAGGGUGCUAUACUGCAUGUACUGUACGUCAAGCAUUUUUCAAUAAAUAUCUUAACAUCAA